GUGGCGCUUUACUGGGACAGUAGAUAGCUGCCAUUGCUCCACAGCAGCAAACAGGUCAAAGCUGCAGCUCUCUCGCUUUUAUUCGCUUUUUAAAAACAUUAUAACCUUCAUAUCAUCUCCAUCAUCCACCGACCCCUCGGCUACCUUGCUGCCCGCCUACCUGCUCGCCCAACCCGGCCUGGAGCUGUGAAGAGGAGACGUUGUACCGAGGGGGGUGGAGACUGGAUUGCUGAGAGCUGAGGAGCGUGUUACCGCUGUGGACACCAGACUCAUCACACACACAUCAAGAUGGCGGCGUCGCUACUUCGCAUCGGCAGACUCGGCGCACUGAAGUGCGUGCAGGCGGAGAGCUGGGCAGCUCUGAGGAGAGCUCCCGCCAUGUCGCUCAGCUCCAAGUCUGGCGACAAGAAGGGGAAAGGAAAGAAGCCCUCAAAGUCGUCCCCACAGACCUAUUUUGACCUGGAGAAGAUGGUGCAGCACCGCACGCUCGUCGACUUCCCCAAGAAGGAGUCCGUCGUCAUGGCGGCAGCCGAGGCGGCAGCCAAGACGCCCGUUGCUGAGGCAGCGGCAGCGGCUCCCGCAGCAGCCGAGGCCGUAGUGGAGGCUGUUGCCGCCCCCGCAGCAGCAGCAGAACCAGUCGUAGAAGCCGCAGCACCUGUCGCAGAGGCAGCACCUGUCGCAGAGGCAACACCUGUCGCCGAGGCAACACCUGUCGCAGAGGCAGCACCUGUCGCAGAGGCAGCACCUGUUGCCGAGCCCGUUGUGGAGGCCGCCGCCCCUGUUGCUGAGGCCGCCCCUGCAGCCGAGCCUGUCGUAGAGGCCGCCCCUGCAGCCGAGCCUGUCGUAGAGGCCGCAGCAGCACCAGCAGCAGCUGAGGCGGCACCCGCUGUGGAAGCCGUCCCAGAACCCGCAGUCGAAGCCGCACCUGCCGCAGCCGAGCCCGUCGCAGAAGCGGCUGCACCUGUGGCCGAGGCCGCCCCUGCAGUCGAAGCCGUGGCCGAGGCCGCCGCCCCUGCUGCUGAAGCCGCCGCCGCUGAGCCCGUCGUCGAGGCCGCAGCACCCGCAGCAGAGGCUGUCGUCGAGGCAGCCGCCGCCCCUGCUGAAGUCGCCGCUGAAGCACCUGCCGCCGAAGCACCUGCCGCCGAGGCCGCACCUGUCGUAGAGGCCGCAGCAGCAGCUGAGCCUGUCGUUGAAGCAGCCGCCCCCGUCGCGGAAGAGGCCCCUGCAGCCGUAGAGGCCGCCCCCGAGGCACCAGCAGCCGAAGCAGCACCAGCUGUGGAAGCCGCCGCACCAGAAGCCGCCGCUGCUGAGGCUCCCGCCGCAGAAGCAGCACCAGCUGUGGAAGCCGCCGCACCAGAAGCCGCCGCUGCUGAGGCUCCCGCCGCCGCCGAGCCCGUUGUGGAGGCCGCUGCACCUGCUGCUGAAGUUGAAGCUGCCGCACCUGCCGCCGAGGAAGCGCCCGCAGCAGCAGAAGCCGCCCCAGAGGCACCCGCAGCCGAGGCCGAGGCAGCACCUGUGGAAGCCGCUGCAGAGGUUGUGGCUGAAGCCGUAGCAGAGGCGGCCGUGGAGGCACCUGUCGAGGUUGCACCUGUCGAGGCAGCACCUGUUGAGGCAGAGGCAGCUGUAGAAGUGGAAGCCGCACCUGUGGCUGAAGCUGAGGCAGCUGUGGAGGCGGCUCCUGCUCCCGUGGAGGAGGCACCCGCACUGGAUGUUGCUGCUGAUGUUGGAAUGGACCCAAUUCAGAAACUGUUCCUGGACUCGAUUCGCCAAUAUUCAUCAGAGAGCUCGGCGUCGGGUGGUCUGGUGGGAGCCGGUCCUGCGUACGAGAAGGCGCUAGCUGAAGAGGUUGCUAAGCUACAGCGUCUCUAUGGCGGAGGAGACCUCGACAACUUCCCAGAAUUCACCUUCACAGAGCCCAAGUUUGACGAGGUGGCGGCCAAGUAAAGGAUGAACUCCACAACUCGACUACUCCACUCAACUCUACUCAACGGACCUUCUCUACCUCUGCUCCCCUCCUCUCUUCAUCCUCCCUUCUUCCCCUCUCCUCCUCCUCCUCUCUUUUUCCUCUCCUCUCCUCCUCCUCUCUUCAUCCUCCUCUCCUCUCCUCUCAUCGUCUCCUCCUGUGGAAGUCUCCAUGAGGAAUUCUUAGAUUCAUUUCUAUGUCAGAACCUGAAGGCCUUUUAAGCCAGGAACUGUAUUACACACACACACACACACACACACACACACACACACACACACACACACACACACACACACACACACACACACACACACAGUCUUCUACUUCUACCUUAUAAGGGAACUCCACGGCCUUUUUAGCCAAGAACUUUUCAUAGACACACACACACACACACACGUCUCACCUUAAGAGGGAUCAGGACUGCCAUUUCGAUACAUUUACACACACACACACACACACACAGAAGAACCUAAACGGCCAUCCCAACAUGUGUUAGCUGCGUUAAGGACAUGUCAUGGAGUUUGGUUAGGGGGUGUGUGAGCAGUUUGCCUUCCUGUCCUGAGGGGGGCGCUAUAGAGUAUAGUGUGCUAUAUGAUGAUGUGAUGCAAACCCAACACGGGAUGGCUGCAUACAUACGAUGUGCUAUGUGAUCAUGUGAUGCGCUCUGCGGAUGCGGAUGCAGUGAGGGAUCAUGGGAUAUGAUGUAAUGGGCUUCUGUUGCCCUUUGUGAAUGUUCUAGAAGGAAAUAAAAUAAUAAAAUAAUAAAAUAAACCCUGACUGUGA